AUGGCUACUAAUGGAGAUGUUGAACAACCUGCACCAACUGUGGCUGAAUCUCCUAAUCAGCCAAUUGUUGACACUAGUAGUCCUUUUUACAUGCAUCCCUCUGAUAGUCCGGGAAUAGCCCUAGUUCCUAUUCCAUUUGUUGGAUUUGGUUAUCGCUCAUGGAGAAGAGAUGUAAUGAGAGCCCUAUUGAUGAAAAGUAAACUAGGCUUCAUCAAUGAUGACUGCAAAAAGCCAGAUCCAGACUCCUCAAACUAUCGAUUGUGGGAGAGAUGUGAUGAUAUGAUGACUUUAUGGAUUUUGAAUUCCUUGGCAAAAGAGAUUGCAGACAGUGUUGAAUAUGUGACAGAUGCAAUCGAGUUGUGGAAAGAUCUUGAAGAUCGAUAUGAUCAGACAAAUGGAACAAAUCUCUACCAAAUUCAAAAGGAGAUUAACAACUUGUCUCAAGGAGCGCUUGACAUUACUGGCUACUAUACAAAAAUGAAGAAGUUGUGGGAGGAACUUACUACUCUGAUUACUAAAUCUCAUUGCACCUGCAAUUGCACAUGUGGAGCAAGGGAAAGUAUGCACAAAGCAAAGCAGGAUAGAAGAUUAAUACGGUUCCUUAUGGGGCUAAGAGACCUACACUGUUGUUCGAGGAAGUAUCCUCAUGAUGAAUCCUCUUCCCACAAUUGCACAGGCCUUCUCAUUAUUGAUUCAAGAGGAAACACAAAGAGAAAUUAA